AUGCAAAACAAAGACAGCAACCGACUCUCCGUCCUCCGCGCCCUACUUUCCCAAACCCUCAACGCAUCCAAAACCUCCUCCCCCAUAAACACCGACAUGCAAAUGCUCUCUCUCCUCCGCAAAUCCGCCAACGCAGCCAAAGCCGCAGCGGAAGAGUUCAAAAAUGCAGGCAGACAGGAUCUAGCUGACAAGGAAGACUUGCAGAGAAAGGUGCUGGAAGAGUAUGUGGGGAGCGUGGAGGUUAUGGGCGAGGAGGAGAUUAGAGGUGUUGUUGAGGGGGUGGUGAAGGGUUUGAAAGGCGAGGCGGAUGGGAAGGAAUUGAAGAUUGGAGACGUUAUGAAGAGGGUUUUUGAGGGGGAGGGGGGACUAGAGGGGAAGCCUGUGGAGAAGGGGGAGGUUGCUAGGAUUGUGAGGGAGGUGUUGAAGGAUAAUUGA